AUGUACCCCUCGGGAUACAGCACCCUGGAAAUCGUCAUCAUUACAGUCAUCAUCACCGUGGCCAUGAUCGUGGUAGUGGUCGGGAACAUGCUGGUCAUCAUCGCCAUCGCCACGGAGAAGGCGCUCAAAAACAUCACAAACUGGUUUAUCGCCUCCCUGGCCGUGUCGGACUUCCUGCUCGGCCUGGUGAUCAUGCCCUUCAGCCUGGCCAACCUCCUCAUGGGCUACUGGAUGUUCGGCGACCUGUGGUGCGAGCUCCACGCGGCCAUUGACGUCCUCCUCUCAACCGCGUCCAUCAACAACAUCUGCCUCAUUUCCCUGGACAGGUAUUGGAGCAUCACCCACGCCGUCGCCUACCUGAAGAAGCGGACACCGGAGAGGGCGGCCAUCAUGAUCGUGGCCGUGUGGCUCUUCUCUGGCCUCGUGUCCAUCCCGCCCUUGCUCGGAUGGAAGGAGGUGCGGGCGCCCGAGGACUUCCCCAAAUGCACGACAAUCAAACUAACAUUAGAAUUACUACCAUCACUGUUUCCUGCAAAUGGUCCAGGAGGAGAACAUAAGGUAUGGAAUUUUGACACCACAAUUACAGAUAAUUGA